CGGAGAAUCGGGGGCUGUUGACGCGCUGAGAGAGGCCUCCGCCGCCGCCGCCAUCUGUGGCCGUGUGGUGGUGGUGGCUGUUAUGCUGGCGGCCCAUUUCAUCACAUCGCCAUGAGAUUGAUUAAAUGAGGCUGUGGAAUUCAGAAAUAUCUGGGGGGGAUAAAUCUACACUAAGAUGGUUCCGUGAUGGUAAAAUUGCAGAAGGUGCAGUAUGGGAGCACGAAGCAUGGGAAAAACAUCUUAUCAUUAAGGAAAUAUGUGAACAUGUUGUUAUGCGCCAUCUGUCCCUUCCAAAACAAGAUAUCAUUACCAUUGUAGAUCACCUUCAUUUUGUACUUUGCCACAGCAACAAAGAUCCCGUAUCCUGCGCUGGAAGUUUAAUGAAGGCUUAUGAUGACCUGUCGAAGCAUCUGCGACUUCUUGAUGACAUUACCCUAAGGAUAUCUAGUGUACAGCCUCUGGAUUCAGCAUUUAGGUUCCCCCCUGUUCCACAUCCAUUAGCAAAUAAGGAAAGUGCUAGAAUAAAGCAGGAAAAGCAUACUGCAACGUGUGUACAGCCGUUAGAAGUUAUGAUUCAGCUGGAAGGUUCUGGAAAUUGGCCUAUGGAUGAGUUAGCUAUGGAGAAGUCCAAGACUGCUUUGAUACUCAGACCAGCAUGUAUAACUAAGUUAUCCGAUUGACUGCAUGCAUUACAGCCUUCACUCGAAGUUUGGGAUUACAUGCACAACUACAGAGUAUGAUGUAGAUAUAUGAAGGGGGUAGCUCUCCUCAGGCUUCGGAUUUUUGCCAUUUUUCUGAGGCGAUGAUGAAGCCCAGUUGCCAGUUUUACUGCUUUGCCAGUUUUCAAUUGUACGGGACAGUCGACUGCUUUAUUUUAUCGGGCCGGGCUUUAUUAACCGGCCGGGCUCGAGACAAUAUACGGAAUUCAUAUUUA